AUGAAGAUAGGAAAUUCAACUGAGAUGCAAAACGACAUCGUUGUGAAACUAGCAACGCAUUUAAUCGCAACCGUUGCCACCGGCUCCAACCUUGUCUUCUCACCAAAGUCAAUCAACGUUUUGCUCUGCCUCAUUGCCGCUGGUUCCAGUUGCGUAGCCAAACAAGGAAUACUCUCUCUCCUCAUGCUACCCUCAUCGGAUCACCUCAACGCUGUCUUGUCUAAGACCUUAUCUAUUACCCUUGUCAACGGCACUGAGAGAAGUGAUUUGCAGUUAUCUAUGGCUAAUGGUGUCUGGAUAGACAAGUAUCUCUCAUUGAAGCCUUCCUUUAAAAAGCUUUUGGAAAACUCUAACAAGGCUACUUGCAAUCAAUUUGACUUCGCAUCCAAGAUUCUUAAUGGUGACUUUGCAAUAUCUUCUUGUGUUUAUGACCUUGAACUUGUGGAUCUAUAUGUCAAAUUUGUUUGA